GCCGGGUCUAUUGCGGUCUUGUUUUAAGUUAGGAAGAUAAAAUUAGAGAAACUGAUAGGCUUAUCUUAACAUAGUCAACUCGGAACCACACAAAUGGGACUUCAUAUAUCCCCCCAUUCACAGUCAUUUUGCCAAGUGUUUCCCCAUGGAAUCCCGGGUAUAUAAAACAAAGAGAGAAAGACCAUGGCAACUUAAAUUCGAUUUGAGGUCCAAAGAUAUGGUAAUUUAAGAUUCCCGGAGGUCCGUUUUUGUGAGCUAGGACAGAAAGAAAGACCAUGGCAACUCUAGCAACCAUUGCUGCUCUCAAGCCCACCACCGUCAAUGGCCUGGCCGGAAGCUCCUUUACCGGAACAAAGCUCCCCGUUAAAUCAUCUCGCCUCAACUUCAAACCCUCCAAAGCAAGGGCUUGUGCUAUUGUGGCCAAGUAUGGAGACAAAGAUGUGUACUUUGACUUGAAAGAUAUGGGAAACACCACUGGGCAGUGGGACUUGUAUGGGUCUGAUUCACCUUCACCAUACAAUCCUCUUCAGAGCAAGUUUUUCGAGACAUUUGCUGCUCCAUUUACGAAGAGAGGUCUGUUGCUGAAAUUCUUGCUGCUAGGAGGUAGUUCCACUCUGCUUUACCUUAGCGCUAAGGCAGAUCGCAACAUUCUUCCUAUCAAAAUGGGCCCCCAACUUCCUCCCGUGCCUGGACCCCGCGGAAAGAUCUAACUAUGUAAUUGUUUGAUGUAUCUGAUGUACCUCUCUGCAGCUUGUACGUAUAAAGAAAGCCUACUUAAGACCAUAUAUUUGAAAUUCACCACUUGAAAUCUCACAUUGAUGAGAACCCCCUACUUAUUAGUUUCAUUAAUGUUGGUAUACCAUUUCCUUGCAUUGUUUGGGAUUUGAUACUCUUUGUUAGUGUGGAAAUCAUAAUUGAGAAUGUACAAGGAACCAUUUCAAACCAAACAAGCCAUAUGACUGAGUCUGUGCUUACAAGUAUACAACCACAUCGCUAUAUUCUAUAAAAUACUAAUGUGCAGUACUA